AUGACUUCCUUAGAAACGCUUGCUAAGGAAUUACAACUACCGAAAGAUGUAGCAAAUUAUGUAACUUUCAUACCUCAAGGUAAUUCUGAUAAUGGAAGUCCACUUGUUAUUCCUGCAAGUAAAAUCGAAAAAAUUUACACGCAACAAUUAGGGAGAUUGACAACCUUCUAUCAUUACAAUCUCGUGGCAAAACCCAUACGUAAAAAAAGACUUACUCCUUAUUAUAAUAUGUUAAGAGGUGAAGCCAAUUUGUUAUAUCAUCAAUUGUUAUUUCUCGAAGAGAAGAUUUAUAAAUCUCUAAAGAAGAAACAUCAAGAAUCUUUAAGAAUGUUAUCCUCAAUUAUUGAGUUUUUAAGCGAAAACAAACCAAAAAACAAUGGCUUUUUUCUAUAUAUCGAUGAUUCACGACUUUUUUCAGAUUUACUAGAAGAAUCACCAAAAUCACGGAAAUUAAAUAUUGCUUAUAGACUUAUUUCAGCUAAAUUAGAUAAACUUCUCUCAAAAAGAAUUUCAUUUGAAGAGGCAAAGAGUAAACUAAGCGCAAUUAUACAAAAACAAUCGAAAUUAGUUGAUUCUGUAUCUAUGAAUACACCUCUCACUUCUUUACAGUCUGAUUUUGAAGAAUUAAUCAUGGCCGAGGUUCUGCCUUUUGCAGAUUUAGUAUCUAAAGUGAUAGAUUCAUUUUACAUGGGAAAUAGUGAUGUUUUUAUUUCUACAAUUAUUGAACUCGUGUCAAAUAUUUUAGAAUUUUUAAGAAUUUCUUAUCCGAACUCAGAAUCAGCAGUAUCGUUUCUCCUUUACAGAUUUAUAUUCAGUGAAGUUUAUCCAACCAAUAAAUACUUCAUUGUUGACCCAGAUGCGAACGAAACUCCAAAAUUAUGGAACUUAUUUAAGAUUGAAGAAUUAUAUUUACCAUUAGAGUAUUUCCCAAAGUGCGAUUUACAUAAAUUCCCCUUUGAAGUUUUUAGAUUAGACCCUUAUUAUAUUAUGCCAAUUUCUAAGUUCGAAGAUAUCAUGUUUUAUACAAACCCUUUCGAUAUAAUUGGUGUAGUAUGCGAUACCAUUACAGAAAUAGAAAAAUGCGCAUCUCAUUACGAUUCAAACCAAACUUUAGUGUUUCCGUUUGAAGUCACGUUUGGCCUGUUCUUGGCGGUUGUUUUUUCUUCAAAUGUUACAAAUAUUUUUAACCUUGCAGAUUUUGUAGAUUUUUAUACGCCAAGAUCGGGUUUAAGUUCUAAAUUUGAAUACGCUAAAGCAAAAAUAGUUGCUGCGGCCGCUCAUAUUCAGGAAUUGAUUUAUGCAAAACAAAAUCCUGAAAAUAAUAAAUAA